CAACCGCAAACUGGCAGCUGAGAUGAAAAUUGAUAAGCAUCAUACAGCUUUAAGGAGGAGAAACAAUUCAACCAAUGAAUGAAACAUUAGCACAGCACACCAAAGAUAGAAUGACUUGCUUGUGGUAAGAGAGGUCAAUGCACCACUGGAUAACUAAUUAGGUUAUGUUUCCUAUUGUUUUGAGUUUCUAUAUUAUUUAGUUUUUUUUGUUUAUUUGACGCUGUUUCUUCUACACAAGACUGCAAUAAUGGAAGAUUUGGCAGCAAUAAAGAAAAUGCCCGUAGAAACCAGGGAGGAGAUUUCAGGAGAGCAUCUUGUUACAGUAAACAAUCAUGGGGACGGCCUUUUCUAAGCAAUGCGAUGCCUGGACUCUUGAAAAAGACUUUGUUCUCCUUGGCUUCCAUAUUGAGCACAGCAUCAGUUGUGCUCCUUGUUGUAGCUCUCGCCACCCAGAAGUGGGUGACUGGGAAGAUCCUAUGUAAGACUGGAGCUGACCUUGUCAACGCAUCAGACCCAGAACUGGUCAAAUUUAUUGGAGACAUUUAUUAUGGGAUGUUUCAGGGAGGUAGAAACCGGCAGUGUGGUCUGGGCAACCGACGCUCACAAAUCUACAUUUUCCCUCAUCUGGUAAAAAAGCUGAAUUCUGCCCUUCACAUUAUAAUCAUCCUCUUCCUCUUCAUCGCAAUAGCUUUUGCUCUGGUCAGUCUCGUAUUCUGUAUAUACAAUGCAAGGAAGAUUCCAUACCAGUCUAUUAAGGGACCAGCAGGUAUAUACUUGUGGAACUUCAUUGCAGGUCUGUUUGGAGUUUUUGGAAUCAUCAGCUUUAUCACCGCUCUGAAGCUUCACCGCCUGACCGAAAGAGUGGCAAAUUUUCCUGAAAAUGUGUUCCAGUUUGUUACCUUGGAAGAACAUUAUGGCUUCUCUUUCUGGCUGUGCGUGGCAAGCGCUGCAGCUCAUGGGGCAAACUUUUUAAUCGUGGCCAUCACUGGGAUCCAUUUCCCCAAAGUAAAGACUAAAAAACCUGAAGAACCAACUGUUACACCUGAUGACCUCCUGUACUGAACAACAUUGUGAAAUAUGCAAAAGAUAAUGCAGAGCUUUUCAAUGGAAAUCCCAGCUGAUGUUUUUAUUAUUUUAUGCACUGUGAAGGAUAAUCAAGGGAUGAAAAGGACACCAAAUGGGAAGCUACUUAAAAAAAAAAUUAAUGUAAAUAAAUUUAAGUAAA